UAUUACUCAUUCCAAUGUAACAGAAGAAACUACUCUGAAUUUUUGUAUUAUUUUGCCAGCAGUGUUAUCAAUGCAGUCAUCAAAAAACUACCGUUUCAAAUACAAAGGAUUUUAUUUCCAACCUGAGCUGGUUACAGCAGAAUACUUAGAUUCCCUGGAAGACUUUGAAAUCAGAGAUAGUGAUGUAUUUCUAGUCACUUAUCCCAAAUCAGGCACAGUUUGGACUCAGAACAUUUUAAACCUGAUUCAUCACGAAGGUCAUCGAGAUGGAACUGAGGACACAGACUCACUGGACAGAGUCCCUUGUCUGGAGUACAAUAUCCGUAAAAUGGAUUAUAUCAGUCGCCCAUCCCCUCGGCUCUUUGCAAGUCAUUUGCCCUAUUAUUUGGUACCCAAGGGACUAAGAAACAGAAGAGCAAAAAUAUGGAUUGUCCCAGAAUAUCAACACUAUUGUUGGUGUGGAGAUCUGCACUGCGCAUCAGUUGAAUUAGAUCCUCUUGUGCACAUUCAUCGGGAGGCCUGCCAUUCCCACACGUGUACCAGGACAGGUGGCUGA